GAUGAUAAGGAUAUAUUUGCAUAUUACAGAGGGAAAGAUACUUUUACAAAUCAUAUAGAAAAUACUUUCACAAAUUAUAUAAAAAAUACUUUUACAAAUCAUACAGAAAAUACUAAUAUAAAAAAUUCUUUCACAUAUAAUAUGGAGGAUUCUUUCAUGCAUAAUAUAGAGGAUUCUUUCACACAUAAUACAGAAAAUUCUUUCAUAUAUAAUAUAGAGAAUUCUUUCACACAUAAUAUGAAAAAUUCAUUUAUAACUUAUACACUUAAAAGGGAUACGUUUUCAAAUCAUAUAAACAAUAUGUUAAUGAACAAUGUAAUGCAAAUGAAUACCCUAGCUAGCAUUGGAGUAGAUAAAGGCAUUAGAGUAGAUAAAGACAUUGAAGUAGAUAAUAGUAUUAGAGCAGAUAACAGUAUUAAAGCAGAUAACGGUAUUGAAGUAAAUAACAGUAUUGGAGUAGAUAAAUAUAUUGGAGUGGAUAAUAGUAUUGAAAUCAACUGUACUGCAUCGAAUGUUAAUUCUUAUGAAGCAAACCAAGACACUACAACUCUUGCUAAUCAUAUGGAUAAUGAAAAUCCUUAUGAUCAGGAAGUAAACUUUGAUAGGUUGUCUUUCAAUAAUUUUUUGCAAGAAAUUGAAGAUGAUUAUAAGACUUGUG